AUGGCUAGACGAAGGAGACCUCCGCGGGCUGGCGCCGUGAACGAACUACCCCCUCUACGAAUUCUCGGCCAGAUCGCGGCGGUACAGAGCAUAUACUACGCCGCUGCGCUUGUCCUAAUGCUCUUCACAUCUCUAGUCGCCGGGACUCGAUUUAGCUUAGAUCUGGUUUUCGGUUGGGCAGAACUGCGCGGCGACACGACGCAAGGGUGGUUGAUGGGAUUUAUCUGGCUAUGUUGCGCCGGUGCUGCCGUAGUAGCUAUGAUAGCCUUCAUCGGCCGGUCGAAGCUCGUAGUCGAUUUUGCGCUUACCCUCCAUUUCAUCCACCUCGUCAUCGUGACCUUUUAUACGGGCAUAUUACCGCGAAACGUUGCCUGGUGGGCCACAGCAAUAGUUUCGAGCGCCGUAACCGUUGUGGGAGGUACUUAUGGUUGCCAGUGGAGAGAAUUGCGACCCAUCAGUUUUGGAGGCAACGCGAAGAAUAAUAAUACGGAGGGCGGUACCGCGGCUACAGCGCAGAACGGGGCUGCGGGAAAUCAAGGUGAUGAAGAGAUGGGCUUCUCUAGGGGCCGUGGAAGGGGUAGAGGGAGAGAUGGGGUUGGAGAGUAUGAAAUGGUUGGCAUGAGUGGCGAUGGGAGUCGAUAA